GCUGGAUGGAUUGGUAAUAUCAGCCACUACAUAAUUUCUUUCUCUCUGUCACUGCAACACAUCGAAGUAUGGGCAGUGUAAUCAGUACCUUAGCCAGGGAUUAAAUCCUGCUUCCAUAUAAACAUACCCUUAUGAAGCUUCACAAAACGAGAAAGAGAGAGAUGAUGGAAGGAGAUAACAACACUACAAACAAUCUAUACAAAGAGUGUUUGAGAAACCAUGCAGCCAGUCUCGGCAGCUACGCCACCGACGGCUGCGGCGAGUUCACUCUCAACGACACCUGUCCUACAACCCUGCAAUGUGCCGCAUGCGGCUGCCAUCGCAACUUCCACCGCAAAGUCGUCAAUUACCAUGGGGAUCCUGAAAAUUCUGUAGAACUCAUGGAAUACGGUGGGGAUGGAGGAGCAAGGCGGCAGGUGGAGUCGGCAGGGGAGAGGAGCAGUAAGAAGAGGUUCAGGACAAAGUUCACGGCGGAGCAGAAGGAGAAGAUGCUGGAGUUUGCGGAAAAUUUGGGGUGGAAGCUGCAGAGGAAGGAGGAGGAGGAUGAAGUGGAGAAGUUCUGCAGAGGAAUUGGGAUUAGCAGGCAGGUCUUCAAGGUGUGGAUGCAUAAUCAUAAGAAUUCCUGUUCUUCUUCUGCAUCUACAGGGAAUGCAUCUUCUCUUACUUCUGAUCGGUAGUACAAUUAGUACUGUGUGUUCUUUGUUUUUUCCUUCUAAUGAAUUAUUGCGAGCCUCUUUUAUUAAAAUUUUAUUUUUUGUGGUUUCACAUUGGAUGUCCUUUAUUUU